AUGGCCCUAACCAAGCAGACAAGUUCUCGCAACCCAGACGACUUUCCCACCACACAGCUGUUCCUCCUUGCCAUCGUCCGUCUUGCCGAGCCCAUCGCCCUUACAUCCAUCUUCCCCUAUGCCUGGGCACUCGUCAAGAAGUUCGAGAUCGGUAACGCCGAAGAUGCCUCCUUCUAUGCUGGCCUUCUCAUCUCUUCCUUCUCCCUUGCGGAGGCCCUGAUGGGCAUGUACUGGGGCGGUCUAUCUGACCGUAUCGGAAGAAAACCCGUACUACUCCUGGGAUGCAUUGGCACCAUGUUCAGCAUGGUCAUGGUUGGCUUCGCCUCCAACAUCUGGAUCGCCUUGAUCGGAAGAGCCAUCGGCGGUCUCCUCAACGGCAACAUUGGUGUCAUUCAGACAAUGGUCGGAGAGCUGGUCACCAAGCCUGAGCAUGAGCCCCGUGCUUUCUCUGUCAUGCCCUUCGUGUGGUCCAUCGGUACAAUCAUCGGUCCCUUUAUUGGCGGUACCUUUGCCGAUCCCCAUGAAGCAUUCCCUCACCUUUUCCCUGUUGACGGCUUGUUCUACCGUUACCCGUACCUUCUUCCUAACCUUGUCUGCGCGCUACUUCUGCUGGUCAGCAUUAUCCUGGGUUACUUCCUCCUGGAGGAGACCCACCCCGACAUGCAGCCCCGUGUCUUCCUCCCGGAUGACACCUAUGCUUCCGAGGAGACCCCCUUGUUAGAGACCAUGGAUGCCAUGAAGAGACCCGCCGUUGACAUGCGAGACGACAACUACGGAACUGUCCGCGGUCGCGAUGCCCAGAGCACUGGCAAGAAGCUUGACCAGGUCUGCAACAUCUACACCAAGCCCAUCAUUUCGCUGAUUGCUGCUCUCUGCAUCUUCACGUACCACUCGAUGACCUACGACCACCUUCUCCCGAUCUUUUUCGAAGAUGACCGAGCCUCGGCCAAUCCCAUGUCCAUCCUGGCUUCCCCAUCAAGCCCGUUCUACACGCCUGGCGGCCUGGGCCUGUCCCUCCGCGCAGUAGGAAUGAUCAUGGCUGUCAACGGUGUCAUUGCGCUCUUUGUCCAGGCCGUUAUCUUUCCCUUUGCGGCUGAGAGACUGGGCGUCUACCGUCUGUUCAUCAUCGUUACUGUUUUGCACCCGAUCGCCUACGUCAUGGUUCCGAGCCUGCUUUUCGUUCCCGAAUCGAUGCUUUACGCCGGCAUCUACGUCUGUCUAGCUGUGCGAAAUGUCCUCUCCAUCAUUCUUUACCCGCUGCUCUUGAUCUUGAUCAAGGAAGCCACCCCCACCCCUAAGGCGCUCGGAAAGGUCAACGGCCUAGCAGCAAGCGCCGCUGCCGGUUUCCGUAUGAUUGCGCCGCCUGUUGCCGGAUGGCUGUACACGACUGGAAGCAAAGUCGACUGCACUGCUCUUGCGUGGUACGGCAGCGCCGUUGUUGCUGUCAUUGGUGCGAUUCAGUGCUUCUCUGUGAAGCGUGAGCGCAAGGAGGAGAUGUGCGAGGAGGAAGCCCAGUCUAUCCUGCGGAAGACGGAGUCUCGCGUUAGUGUCAGAGAGGUGUUUUCGGAUGACGAAUGA